ACAGUUGCAGAGACACCGAAAACAUACUGUAAACGAUGUACAGUAAGUAACAUUGUAAAAGUCCUAUUUACCACUACCCCUGCCAGGAGCAACUGUCAACACAGUAACACACACAGAGAGGGAGAAGAGGAGAGAGAGAUUUGUCUCUUCCUCAUAAUUCACCCCUUUGCUUUACUCUCUGUAAAGAUACACACACAUAUAUCAAACCCUGUUGGGUAAGCUACAUUUUACAUUUCUUCUGUUUUUGGCUUUGAUUUUUGCUGAAUUUGAUGAUUAUGGACUCUCCAAAUUCAUCCUCCUUGCAGCAGUCAUCAACUAAUGAUGCAUAUGCAAAGAGGAACAAGCGGAAAGCUAGUGAAGAUGCAACAUCUAUCACGCCGAACCCCUUUUUUUCUUGUAAUUUUACAGUAGGUGAUCUCUUGAAGGAGCUUGAUAUGGGUAGAUAUGGAAAUGUAACUGAUAUCAUGAACAGCCUUUUAGAAGAUAGAAUGUCUUCACUGAAGCCCUUUUAUAAGCUGUUACCAGAAUCUGCCUGCAGCAGGUCUAUUGAGGAUUCCAGAGACACAAGUACUGAGUCAGGAGAGAAAUCAGUCAAACUGAAGAAUGGAGCUAACUGUGGUAAAGUCUCACAACACAUAGUAAUUAUUGAUUCAGAUGAGGAGGAAGUUGAAGACCAGGCCCCUGUCCAACCAUGUCAAGAUGUCCUUUUCAGUAAAACGUUUCCUUCUAGUGCUCCAAAGGCUAUGGCAGAUGGUGAUGCAGGCUUUGUUGGUGCAACAAAUAUUAAAAAAUAUGACAGCAUGCAUGCCCUAGGGAAUGAUGAUUUCACCGAUGAAACUGAACAGCCAAGCCCUGUCGCUGGAACGUUAGUUGAAAAAGAUAAAGGCAUUUAUAUUGGCGUAGAGGAUAGUUCAACUGACGAGGAUGAUCAACAUUCAUACAAUAAUGAUGAUGCCCUGGGUGAUAUUUGGCAGGAGAUGUCAUUUGCAAUGGAAUCUUGUAAGGAUACCUCUGUAAAUCCUGCAUCUGAUGAGUAUGUAACUGAUGAAGAAGAAGAUUGUGAACAUUCAUAUAUCUUAAAGGAUGAUAUCGGCUAUGUUUGUCGUAUCUGUGGAGUUAUUCAGAAAAGAAUCGAGUCCAUAAUUGAAUACCAGUAUGCAAAGAGAACAAGUACCAGAACAUAUAAAUAUGAAGACCGCUCUUCUAGAGAUGAAGAAGCCAAUGACAUCUUGCCUGGUGAGGUGAGGUCUGCUGGAUUUGAUUUUGUUGAGACUGAUAUCUGUGUUCAUCCAAGACACAGUAAGAUCAUGAAACCUCAUCAAAUCGAAGGCUUUAAUUUCUUGGCGAGGAACCUUUUAACUGAUAAUCCAGGUGGCUGCAUACUGGCCCAUGCUCCAGGAUCUGGAAAAACUUUUAUGAUAAUCAGUUUUAUACAGACUUUAAUGGCAAAAUAUCCCUCAGCAAGACCACUCGUGGUGCUACCAAAAGGUGUCUUGCCAACUUGGAAGAAGGAAUUUCUGUUAUGGCAAAUUGAGGAUAUUUCUUUACUCGAUUUUUACUCUGUGAAUGCUAAUAGUAGAUCUCAGCAACUAGAAGUUUUAAAACAAUGGGUUGAGAAACGAAGCAUUCUCUUUCUAGGAUAUGUGCAAUUUUCUUCACUUGUGUCAAAUCCGAAUACAGACGAAAUCACUGCUGCCUGCCAAAAAAUUCUUUUGAAGCAACCAUCAGUUCUCAUCAUGGAUGAAGGUCACACACCUAGAAAUGAAAAUACUGAUCAGUUGGCUGCCCUUCAAAGUGUCCAGACACCUAGAAAAGUUGUUCUUUCUGGCACACUUUACCAAAACCAUGUUGAAGAGGUCUUCAACAUUCUAAAUCUUGUGAGACCAAGGUUCUUAAAGAUGGAAGUAUGCAAGGGUCCUAAAAGGCAUAUCUUGAGUAUAAUAGAAACCAGAAAGAAAGGGAAUCUACUGAAGAAAAGUGAUCAUGAGUUUUAUGAGAUGGUAGAGGAAUCACUCCUAAAGGAUGGCGACCUCAACCGAAAGGCACUUAUCAUACAAUGUCUUAGGGAAAUGACUAGCAAGGUUCUUCACUACUACAAAGGUGAUUCGCUUGAUGAACUACCUGGCCUUGUUGAUUUCACAGUGUUUCUCAAUCUAAGCCCGCGACAGAAACGUGAAGUAAUAGAACUGAAAAAAUUAGGAGGAAGAUUUAAGAUUAGCUCUGAUGGAGGCUCAAUAUAUGUACACCCAAAGUUAAAAGAUCUUUUAAAGAGUACUGCAGGGAAAAAGAGAUUUGAUCAAGUAAAUAUUGAUAAGAUGCUGAAUAAAUUGGAUAUAAACGAAGGAGUGAAAGCCAAGUUUUAUCUUAAUCUGCUUCGUUUGUGCGAGUCAACUGAAGAAAAACUUAUUGUCUUCAGUCAAUACCUUCCUCCUAUAAAAUUCCUAGAAAGAUUAACAGUGAAGGUUAAAGGUUGGACUCCGGGAAAGGAGAUCUUUAUGAUCACAGGUGAUCUUGAUAAUGAUGUUCGAGAACUGAACAUGGAACGCUUUAACAACUCCCCAGAUUCCAAAGUUUUCUUCGGAUCUAUCAAAGCUUGUAGUGAAGGUAUAUCACUUGUGGGGGCUUCAAGAAUAAUAAUACUAGACAUUCAUUUAAAUCCAUCAGUUACUCGCCAGGCAAUUGGGCGUGCAUUCCGACCAGGUCAAGUAAGAAAGGUGUACACCUACCGCCUGGUAGCUGCCGGAACACUGGAACAGGAAGAUCAUUACACUUCAUUUAAGAAGGAGUCUAUUCCAAAGCUGUGGUUUGAAUGGAAUGGGGCUUGCCGUGCAGAAGAUUUCCAGCUGGAGAAAGUUAAUGUCACAAACUGUGGCGAUAACUUUCUGGAAACCCCGAGAUUACAUGAAGAUGUUAUCACUCUUUACAGAAGGUAAAUGUUUACUCAUAGUGCGGCAUGUUCACCUACCAUUUACUUGAUGCUAUUCAAAGAAAUUGGUUGAAUGUGCCAUUUAUAUAUUGAAGCCAAUCUUAGCCACAGAAGUCACGAACCAAUUUAGAGAUCUGGAAGCUCAUUUUGUUUAGCAUAUAUCUGCAUUGUAUAAAUGAAACAGAUAUUUUUAACUUUUCCUUUCUUUCCUACUGUGAGGGGAUCAUCUAGAGUUCAGUUUGUAGAAAAGUGGUGCUAAUAUAUCAUUACGUAGUGGAUUUCACAGACCUUACUGGGAAAUACAAUAUGUUGGCAGUUCAUAGUAGUUCUUAACGAUUCUCAGGCUGCAGGAAACUGGGUGUUUAGCAAAUGUAACUGGCAAUUGCACCUGUUAACCAGCCUAUUAGUUCUGAUAUUAUCUAUUCCUGUCCGUUAUCAGUUUUUAGCAUAAUUAAUUUUUUA